AUGUGCAUCGACUCGUUGCAAUCUUUCGGCGUCUCCGCGACGGAUUUGAAGAAAGCGAAAGAAGCCGGUUUCAACACGGUGAGAUCUUUGGUCAUGCACUCUAAGUCGAACUUGUUGGACGUGCGAGGGUUUUCCGAUGCGAAAGUGGAUAAGCUUUUGGAGGCGUGCAAAAAAGCGCUUUCGAAUCCAUCCGAAUUGGGCGGGUUUGUGACCGCGGCGACGUUUCGAGAGAUGCGGAAAGACGUCGUUCGAAUCACGACGGGAUCGAAAGCCGUCGACGAAGUGCUCGCCGGAGGGAUUCAGACGAGGUCUAUCACGGAAAUUCACGGCGAAUGGAGAUGUGGGAAGACGCAGUUGUGCCACACGUUAGCGGUGAGCACGCAGCUACCGUUCGAAAUGGGGGGUGGAUACGCUAAAGUUGCGUACAUUGACACCGAGGGCACGUUCCGUUCCGAACGCAUUCUCGAAAUCGCCGAAAGGUACGGCAUGGACGGCGAGGCGGUUUUGGAAAACAUCAUGAUCGCGAGAACGUUUACGCACGAGCAAAUGGAGGACGCGUUGUUGGCCAUCGCCGGAAAAAUGGCCGAAGAACCGUUCAAACUCCUCAUCGUCGAUUCGGUAAUGGCGCACUACCGCGUUGAUUUUACCGGCCGAGGCGAAUUGUCCGGUCGACAACAACGUCUCGGACAAUUUAUGUCUAAACUCUCCAAACUCGCGGACGAGUUCAACUUGGCGAUCGUGUGCACAAACCAAGUCCAAAGCGACCCGGGAGCGAUGGCGUUCGCCGGCGUCGAGCCAAAGAAACCGAUCGGUGGCCACGUUUUAGCGCACGCUUCGACGAUUCGCCUUUGCGUCCGAAAAGGAAGAGCCGAAGCGCGCGUGUUGAAAGUCAUGCAAGGACCGGAUUUGAAAGAGCAAGACGCGGAGUUUAUGAUUUCAAACGGCGGCGUCGUGGACAUUGAAUAA